AUGUUACAAGUUAUGAUACGUGAGGAGGAUGUUACCGUUAAAUGUAUCUGCAAUAGGUUUGAGCAGUUUGGAUUGUUGUGCAGUCAUAUUUUUUGUGUGUUAAGGAUUCUUGAUGUAAGGGAGUUUCCGAAACAAUAUAUAUUGAGGCGAUGGACGCGUGAAGCUCUUCCAAAUAGUUCCCCUGGGUCCAUUCUUACGGAUGGCGGUGAUCCAGAUCGUAACGAGGAGGUUAACCGUUGUAUUCGUGAGAUUAGACACGGAACUGAGUAUGUCGUGAACAAGUUGAUUUCAAAAUUUGAUCAGUUGUGUAAUUUUCGUGAUCAUAUCAAGCAGUUUAUGUUAGUCGCUGACGAGGCCCAGAUAAAUGCACCUCCCAAGACACGACGCACUUCGCGGAAUGCUAAAGGUAAUGCUGCUACAAUCGGUGAAGGUGACGCUGCUACAGUUGUUGAAGGUGAUGGUCCUGGAUCAAACGAUGUUGAUGAUGUGUUUUACACAUCGGGAAAUGAUGCAGAUCUGGAUGACGAAGACAUGGCAGAGUAG